UCCGCCCCCCAGUCGGGUGUUUGUGGUGGGGCUGCGGAGACGGGCACGAUCCCGCCGGAAGAGCCGAAACAAUGGGGACCCGGGACGACGAGUACGACUACCUGUUCAAAGUUGUGCUGAUUGGUGACUCUGGGGUGGGGAAGAGCAACCUCCUUUCACGAUUCACUCGAAACGAAUUCAAUUUGGAGAGUAAGAGUACCAUCGGUGUGGAGUUUGCUACCAGGAGCAUCCAGGUGGAUGGGAAGACUAUAAAAGCCCAGAUCUGGGACACAGCUGGUCAGGAGCGGUACCGAGCAAUCACAUCAGCGUACUACCGAGGGGCUGUGGGAGCCCUGUUGGUCUAUGAUAUUGCCAAGCACCUGACAUAUGAGAAUGUGGAACGUUGGCUGAAAGAACUCCGUGACCAUGCUGACAACAACAUUGUGAUCAUGUUGGUGGGGAACAAGAGUGACCUGCGCCACCUCCGUGCCGUGCCUACUGAUGAGGCCCGGGCAUUUGCAGAGAAAAACAAUUUGUCUUUUAUUGAGACAUCUGCGUUGGAUUCAACCAAUGUGGAAGAAGCCUUUAAGAACAUUCUCACAGAGAUUUACCGCAUCGUAUCCCAGAAGCAGAUUGCUGACCGCUCUGCACAUGAUGAAUCUCCUGGCAACAACGUGGUAGACAUCAGUGUCCCCCCCACCACUGAUGGACAGAAAUCCAACAAACUCCAGUGCUGCCAGAACCUGUGACCACCUGCGCCCAGAAGCGCCUUCCCUGCCUGCCCUUACCUCGCUGUGCUUCAGUUAGAAACGCGUGUGCACGUCUUUGCAGUUAUCUCCUGUGAUUCAGUGACUCUUUGUCAUCCUCGUUUCUUCCCCCAUCCCCAACGUCCAUUUUCCAGCAUUAACUGUAGGCCUAACCCCCCUUUCCUCUCAGGCUCCCAGGGGAGUGGGCUGACCUUGGGCCUGGUUGUACAGAUUCUGCCCCUCAGAGGGUGAGCCCUGGCUGCUCCCCUGGGCAGUGCCACUUGGUUGUCUAGUGAUUGGUGGGAGGAGAAGGAGGAACCAAGACCUCAUUUAUCACGGCUGAAGAAAGACAUACCUACACUGAUUUGCUUUUGCAUUUAGCCCAACUUUUUCUUAGACUCUUAGAUCUCUGGGGAAGAUGGGGAGCAGGGAAGGGAGGAGGUGUGCUGAAAUUAAAGAGGGAAAAAAUCUUUUCCUCAGAUGUCCUGUUGUGUCCAGUUGGGAUCCUGCGAUGAGCAUUGGGGUUCUCAUUUGGUGGUGGAAGACCCAUGGUGACACAAUCCCCAGAUUUUCCUCCCUCUCGUGGCUAGCCUCUGGGCCUGGUCCUAGGGAGAGUCAUUACUGGGUACCUCUUGCCCCAGGAAGGAGGCUCAGGAGCCCAGGGGCAGGCUGAGAUGAUGGAAUGAUUUGUCAGCCACCAGAGAGAAUCCUCUUCCUUAACCAGAGCAUCCAGCAAGUGCCGGGCCUUCCUUUGUGGCCUCUCCCUCCUGUCCCAGAACCCCGACCAGCUUCAGCCUGUGCAGGCCCUUGGUAAUCUCCUUUCUGCCCACAGCUCCCUCUCCAACCUGCCAUCUUGCCUGAGACCCAUUUGCAAGGGAAGCAAUAUUCUCAUGUUUUGUAUAUAACUGCACUUAGAGUUUUUGGGUUUUGUUAUUGUAGAAAAACAUGGAUUCUUUAUACAUUUUGUAAGAUUUAUGCCAAAUCAUAGCAUCUCAACCCUUUCCCUCACCCUUUCAUUCUUUAACAGUUGACUCUCAUGGGCUAUAAUUUUUCUCGACCUUUACUAAAAUGUAUGAUUCUAUUUCCUGUAUGCAACUGUGUUCCUUCGCCCUUUUCUCAUUUCCUCAGUGCCAGGAUGCUAUUUGCAACAGUUAUACUUUUCCUGAUGCCAACUAGCCUCAGCAGCAAUCUUGACCACUUCGCGUCUUUGUCUGAUACAACAAGAGAAACCAGAUCACGCUCCCAUUUUCUAGAGGGUCAGGCUAAAGUUGGUGAUGGUCCAGCCAGGCAAUCAGCUUGCCCCAGCCAUGUGUGCUUGUUUGCAUGGUACGCUGAGGUUAGCCAAAGGAAGAGGGAGGACAGUUUAGCUGUGCCUCUGAGCAUGUUGGCUGUAGGCAGACGAGUGUCAUAUGCUCUCGCUGGGGUAGGAUGCCCUACCCCAUCCCCUUUGCACAUUAGAACCUUGUGCUAGUGGUACAACCAGCAUCUCCUGAAUGGGUGACAGGGGAAAAGUGGAGCUAACAUUCCAGGCAUUGUUUGAAAGCUAGCUUUCGGAAUAAGACGGAGGGGUUUUUCUUCCAAUUGUGCAUGUAAAAGACAAAGACAUCUUCCCAGGGUUAGUUGAUAACCUGUUGGAGUUACUGUGGGAUCCUUGCCAAGUGAGAACUAGUUGUUCUGGAGCAUUUAACCUUCAAGGUUUGUGUCCUCUGGUUUCAGGAGGGUGUCCAGGGCCCUAGCCUUGUUGCUGUUCUACAUGGAAGGAUUUCAUUGAUGGGUCUUCUAGGCUGAUGUGGGGCUUGGGUUUCAGCCAGAUGCCAGCUUCAGAGCACAAGUUGCUGCAUGACUGGAGAUGAAGUCUCUUCCUUACAUGGAGUGCAAGGUAUCAGAGGUCCCAGUAUUGGCAGCAGCGUUUUGGAAGUGGCUGGAAUAGAAUGGAUGAGGGUCUAUCCGUGUUUUGGAGUCAGUGACUCUGUACUUUCACUGGCCUUAGAGGCAAGGCAGGGCCUUAAUCUCUGCUCUGUUGGCUUAAAAAUAGGCACUGUAUAUGCCCUUUGGUGUAGUUUCCUCUUCCUUGUCAUCCCUGGGCUGCUUUUAAUGUACUGGUCUUGUAAGUUUACAGGGAGUUUGCUCUUCAUCAAGAAAAGCAAGUGAUCUCUGGGCAGGGGAGGUAAGGGAGGAGCCACUCGGGAGUCAUUCAUCUUCUUGUUGGCCUCACAAACUGCCCUUCCUUUGAGGAGGAGUCAGGCUAGGAAAUACAGCUUUUUUCCUUUGAAGUGCCCUGCUCCAUGCCACCAUGAAAGUUCAGGCUGGGGCAGUAUAUUUAGUACUCCCAGGCCUUAUUCAAAGUCCCUUGACUUGCUUCUCAGCUCUACAGCAGGAAAUUGUUCCAGCCCUCAACAAUUAAAUUGGGUCUUUCCCUUCUGCCCCAAAGCUUGAGCUGAGACUGUAACUUCUUAGUAUGGGUUGGUGGAAAUUUUAACUUGGUGACAUUCCAGGGCCCCCAAAACUCCAGGAGUCUGCUGCUGCUGCUGCUGGCCCUGGGUAGGAAGGACUGUUGAAACUAGAACUGUUCAACUCAGUCCUUCAGCCUGCCUUUCUGAGAUUUCUAGGAAGAUGUAGAAAUGCUUUUGUGGUUGUGGCAGGGGUGGAGUUCUGGGACAUAUACAGGCACAUUAAUUAUUCAGGAUUCAAGCUCCCAAGACACCACCAAGUUUCUGACAGCUUAUCUAACAGCCUAAUGACCACCCCUUCUCUUUCAGGCCAGGGCCAGUAUCACAGAAAGGGAAGAUGGAUUCUGGAUAACCCUUCUAGGUUAUGACUUCCUUUGACUAAAUUAUUCAAGUUUCACCAGCUUAGAGGCCUUCAUACUACAGCCAUGUUCCAGGGCAGUGUGAAAUGACUCUUAGCUAUCCUGUCCCGGACAUCUGUCUUCCAGGACCCUGCUGCUGCUAUCUGGUUUCUUGCCUGGGGUGAAGAUUAAGGCCUUUUAUUUUUUCUUGGCCUCUUCUUUCAUUAUCCCUGUGGAUAAUCCAAGUUAGGAGUAGGAUCCCAGCUAGCCUUGGCCAUGAGACAAGCAGGCCUGGGUCCACCUGGUGCCUUCUGCUUCAGAGUUGGGGUUGCCCUUUUCCCACCUCUUCCUUGGCAUCAUUGGUCCUUCCACUUUGGUAGCAUACUAAGUCUGCUACCUGCCGACUUUCUUUGGCAGCUAACUUGCAUCUAGGUGUUUAUGAAAGUUAUUGCCUAGGAGAAGAGACUUCUGACCGAAGUGGCAUAGGGCAGAAAAUGUGAGUCAUGUGGCUUGAGACAUGCCCCUGAGUUCUGAGGGAUUCAACAUUCUAGCUCAUGGGCAGUUCUGGAAGAUGCUUUAUUUUUUUGGAAUGACAGGCUGGCAAGCCAUCAAGGGCCCUGAGCCAGUGAACAGCAACUAAGAGGAAGUAUGCUUGGGGUGGGGAAACUGACCAGAAUCCCCUACUCUACCCCUCCAACACCCACCUACUGGGAUUACGGGUAGAAUGACUAAGCUAGCCGUAGGGAGUCUUCCUGACAUAGGUCAAAUCUCUGGGUGUGGUUAGGUUGGUCAAUAGUGGACAUUGCUGAGUAAUUGCUAUGCUGCAAACGGGCUUCGUCUGCAUGGGAAAGCCAGGGCUAGUGCAGACCUCUGUUCAUUCAUAUCUCUGUCUCUUCUUCCACUCCACAGCACUUGUGUUUAGUUCAGUGCAACCUUCUUUGUAAAUAGAGCCCCGCAUCCCUGGAUUUGUGCAUGGUUUUUCUGUGUUGUGGAUAUAAAGAUUGCCAUACCAAAG